ACCUUGUAUGUCAGUACACGCCAUGUGUGAUUUUUCACGUGGUUGUUCUCCCAUAAUUCGGAAUUUCUUUGAAAUACUUUAUAAUAUCGUACAGUGAUUAAUAUUUAACAAUGAAUUUUAAAAAUGACUUUGAUGUUUUUGUGGGUGGUAAAUCAGGAUUUUUUAAAGGAAUCAAGAUUGGACAAAAAGAAUGUGUACAAAAAAAUUUAAGGAGUUUUGUAUCGAUUGGGUAUAAUAAUGAGAUUACCACAGCAAGCUGGGGUGAUGACGAAGAACGAGAAAUACUCAUAGCUUAUGGUACAAAGGAAACAAGAAGUGUCAGUAUUUAUGAUACUGAAGAUAUGUCAUUUACAAGCACGUUUAUUUGCGAUGUUGGCCAAGGAAGUAUAAAUGGCAUAUCACGUUAUGGUGGAGCAAUUCUGACUGCAAUUCAUUCUGGCGAGAUAAAAUUAUGGAAAUUUAACGAUCAAGACCAAGUUAUAUUAAAUGCUGGUGAUAAUUUACAUAGAAUGCGUCAUUCUAAUAUAAACAAAAAUAUAAUAGCUACUGGUGGCAGAGAAAAUGGAUUAAAAUUGUUUGAUUUAGAGAAACAAAAACAAAUUUUUAUUGAAAAGAACAUGCCACAUGAUUUUUUAAAUUUGAGAGUACCGAUUUGGCUUUCAGAUAUUGCUUUUCUUCGAGGCUCACAUAAAGUAGUCACUGUUAGCAGAUUCGGUCAUGUACGCUUGUAUGAUUCUAAUGCGCAAAGAAGACCAAUCAUUAAUAUUGAAAUAAAAGAUGAACCCCUGACUGCUGUGACUGUACCUUGUAAGGAAAUGCAAGUCAUGGUAGGCUCAGGUAAAGGUAUGAUGAAACUGAUUGAUUUACGGAAACCUGGAAAGAUAUUACAUACGUAUAAGGGUCUGGUCGGUAGCAUAACUGGAUUAGCUUCUAGUGAAGUGGGACCAUAUGUAGUUAGCACUUCUUUAGACAGAUAUUUAAGAGUACAUCAUAUUGAUACAAGAGAAAUGAUCAAAAAGGUUUAUCUGACUUCGAAAUUAACAUGUUUAAUAUUGAGAUCAACAUUUUCUACAGAAACACAGAUUGAUAAUUCUGAAAAAGUUCUAGAUAACUAUAGUAUUAAUAAUAAUGACAAUGAAAUUAUGUAUAUAGAGAAUAAAUUAGAGGAUAAAGAUGCAGAAUAUGAAACACUAUUUGAUAAAAUGGAAGUCAUUACGUCAAAAUAUAAAAAAACAAAUUUGUGCUAUAAAAGAAAGAAAUGUACUAAAAGUGCUUCUUUGAUCGAUCAUUCUGUACGUAAUUUUCUAUUAAUAUAUAUAUGUUUAAUAUUUGUUUCUGAAAUGUUACAAAUGUUUCUGAAAAUUUUUACACAUUUUACUUUUUACUAUUUAUUUAUAGGAAGAGUCAAAAACAUCAGUGAUGCUGGAACCUUCAAAUACUAUUGUAAAAAAUAAGAAAAUUAAGAAAAGAAAAAAGUUAAUAUCCAAUAAUUAGUUAUAAGUAUAACAACGAAUUGUGUAUAUACGAAAAUUAAUGAAUCUAAAUGCACUUUUAUACAUCAUACGUACGUUUGUUCUUUUUUAUACCUUUUUACGAGGAUUGGAAAUAUAGAUCAGAAUAAAAUAAACGAUAUACAUACAUACAUACAUACAUACAUACAUACAUACAUAUAUAUAUAUGUGUGCGUAUAUCAUAGUGUAUUCUAUCGCUGAGCACUUUUUGCAUUUAUAAGUUACAUGUGUGAGAGAGCCAAGGAUCAUGCGCUAAUCACUUUGCUCGGGGUACAUAAUAUUAAGAUGUGUUCACGUGAACUAACUAUAACACAACUUUGUGUAUCAUACAAUUCAUUAUUAAUACCUCAAUAAAUUACAUUUUGGUUUUUGCAAUGCAAGAACUGCCACGUCCAAAAUCUUUAUCUUUCUUCCUUUUCAAGUUUCUUGCCAAAUUCUCAAUCAUUUCUUUUUUUUUUUUCUAUAAAUUUGUUGCUUCGUUCGUUAAAGUAAAUAGUGAAUUAAAAAAUUAUCAUGUAAUAUGCAUGCGAAUCAAAUUGAUUUUAUUUCGUAGAAGCUGAAGGAAAGCGAACGUGACUGCUUGCAAAUUUGCAGUAUAUAUUUUGUACUAAAGAGAUUAAGAUUAACUACGGCACGUUAAACCUAUGCGGAUGUACAGUUUGUUUUUCAAUGUACAAAAACCGUCGGUCUCGUAGCUUUUGUCACAAUACUACUAUUGUAAUCAUUUUAUAUCUCAAACUUCCUUUUUUGUUUAUCAUUAAUGGAAUAUUUAAUCUUACACAGAUAAACAUAUACAGGAAUAAUUUCACUAAAUUAUAGGCACUGGCUCUGCACUAUCAAAUAGCGACUUUUUUACCUUUACUUUUAUAGAUAAAAAGAGGAACGUUAGUGCCAAAAAUAGAAAUGAAUAUCAACAAACAGGCCAUUUAUGUACAUGAUUUUUUUAGUAAUUUAAGUAUGUACAAAUUUUUUCAAUAGAAGGCUUCUACAUAUAAUUACUACUUAGCUUCUUUUAUUUUUUUAUAUAUAGAUUAAUUGAAAUAAAAACUAUUUUUUCAAAAGAAUUACAUUUGUUUUCAUAAAAGUAACUGUUAACAAGUUCUCGGUAUAUACUAGUACAUUCAACAAAUUUCUUUUUUUAUGCAUCAUUAGCAUCUAUAAUAUGUGCCUAGAAUUUAUUCAACAAGAUCUACAUACAUAUUGUUUCAAGAGAAUUCUUCUAAUAGGGUUUUAUUUAGAUGCUAUUCAUUUUUUUGGAGGUAAAUGUUAAGAAGAUAAUUGGUUUAAAUAUUUCAUAGAAUGAUGUAUUUGAGUCAUUUUCGAUAAAGAAUAAUUUAGAAUAGAAAAUAUAUUACAAAAGCAAAACAUUUUGUCGGAAAGCCAAAACGAUAUAAUAAUAAGAAAACUUGAAUUACUUUUGUAUGUUAUACAUUUCCUAUUUAGAUAUAUAGUGUAAAAAGUACCGCGAAAGAAAAUUGUUUCAGGUAUAAUGUAUGAUAAGUAUGGUCAAUGUAUAUGUGAAAUAAAAAAAAUUCAUUGGUUAAA